AUGGAUUUACAGUCUGAGCACGAAAAGUACUUAUGUCAAUACUUUGAUAAUCAACCAAUUUUUGUGUUAAAUUAUCCUCGUGACUUAAAGGCCUUUUAUAUGAAAAAUAACGGAGAUGAAGAAACAGUCGCCUGCUUUGAUUUACUAUUUCCCGAAAUAGGAGAACUAAUUGGCGGCAGUGUGCGGGAAGAUGAUUAUCAGACUCUUCAAAAAAAGGCCAAAAAAAUAGGACUUGAAAGAUUAAUAAUGUUGAUUAGCGGUACCGAAAAUAUUCGGGAUACGAUUGCUUUUCCUCGGUUUCCCGGAAAAUUAGAAUUUUAG